AUGCUCUUCAUUUCCCUCUCCGCCGCCAUCGGCAUGGUCGCCAUGACUCUAGCUCUCGCUUUGCCCGCAGCAGCCAAUCGCGACGUCUCUGCUGGCCGGGCAGCACUGCGUUCUGCUCCGAGCGUCUCCAUGCCCGUGACCCGUCGCAGGCUCUCUCGCGCCUCGUCCAUCACGCCAGAACUCAUUCACGCUCGUGCGGGCGGCCAGCCUAUUGGGUGGGACUCGGGUGUUGAAGUCUACACCACGUCAGCUACUAUCGGUGGCAAGGCCUACGAGAUGAUUAUGACUUUUGGAACGCCUAAUGUCAUCAUGUCCAAGGCGAGCGGCUACUCCACGGGCCAGAGGACGGGCAAGAUCGUCACUGAGACGUUCGGCUCGAUCAAUGGGAGUUACAAGGUGGAGGUCGUCCUUGACACCGUCUCCUUGAGUGGGGUCACCGCAAAAGGCGUGGCUGUAGGCAAAGCCGACUCGGAUGCCCUGAUCUCCUCUGCAGCACGCUCCAAGUCGGUUGGACUUCUCGGUCUCGCUCCUGAGAAUCGGGAUGCCUACUUUAACUACAACUCCUCCUUCCAGCCUCUCGUGGUCGCUUCUGGCCCUACGCCCUUUGCGCUGACGUUGGGUGAUAAGACGGGCACACUGCAAUUUGGCCAAUUCAAUCCUUCCUUCUGGGUACCCUUGAGCAAAUUAGGCGAUACGUGGGACCUGCUUGGAUCAAUCAAUGGCAUACCUUUUUCUCAAGGCACUUUGGAUUGCCAAGAGCAGCGCCUUGCUCCAGACGAUGCCUCGGCCGACAAGAUUCUGCGUGGCCUUGGUCUCAAGCCCGAGUACAUUAAGAUCUCGGGCGGCACGAUCAAGACGGCAAAGGUCGACUGCCAGAAAGGGGCUCCACUUACGCUUCGUGGGCCUGAUGGCAACGGCUCGAUCGUCGUCGACGGGCCCUCCAGCGUGUACCGCCAUGCUGGGCAGUGCUACUCGAUUAUCCAGGGCUACUUGGGGGAAAAGGGCUUGUGGAUUAUUGGCGCGCAAUUUUUCCACAAAGGCGCCGUCUUUGACAUCCGAGGCAAGCGUGUCGGCUUCGGCCUGCCCGCCUAG